AAUUUUGUCAACAAAACCAAAAUUUACCAAGACCAUUUUUCUCAAGAUGUUAGAAAAGCUCAUCUUAAUGAAAACUCAUUGAAUUUGCUGUUAGAAAAAACGAAAAAAUUCGAAGAUUUUGGAAAACUACAAAACAAAGAAAGAGUAGAUAGCAGGAUUGCGGUCACCGGAGAUCUUAUAGAGAAAGGUGUAACUGGUUUGGAGCCAAUCUUACGAAAAGAUGAAGAAACUUAUAUGGAGAUAGCUAGAGCAUCUGGUCGGAGGACACCCCAACAAAUGAGAGAGAUCUUUGGAUUGGCUGAAGACAAAGGCUCAACUAUGUUUACUCAUCUAGAAAAUCUAUUAGAAGAAAUCAAUCACACACAGAAUACAGUUAAUGAACUGAAAGAAGAAAAUCGAAAUUUACUCAAGUCCAUAUCAACUUCUGAAAGGAAACUAAAAUGGGAAAUAAGCGAGAAACAAGCCAAGAUGGGUCUUUGUAAAACUGAAGCUGAAAGAGCAGAGGUCUACAUGAACAGUGAACGCACUGAGUUAAAUAAUUUGUAUGAAAGCUUAUGGAGGAUACACAAAAUGUGUGGCUUAGGUGAUACUGAGUUCGAAGAUGGCAUUAAUGAUUUCAAUGCAGAAACGAUUAAGGAAGAGGUGGAGAAGCAGAUCAUUGAAUAUCUGAUGCAGAUUGAAUACUUCAGAAUGAAAAAAGCUUUGAUUGAAAAGAAGAGUCAAGUACCUCUCCAGAAAGAAGUUAUUGAUCCCCAUUCACCGACUCUCGGGAAGGAUACAGAAGAAACAGAAGUUUUGGAUACUUUACAGCCUAGAACAUUAGAGAGUGAGGCAGAACUCAGUUCUCUGAAUUAUUUGCAGCAAACAGAAAGCGUUUUGCCUUUAGAACGCCUUAAGCAAACAGCAAUGGCUGCCGUUGCAGAAAUGGAAUCGACGGAGGACUCGGAAGAAGAUGAUGAAAGCAAAUAGAAAAGUUAUUUCGGAAAGAAAGUCGUAUAAAAGCAAACAAAUCUCUCUGAAAAAUGCAUUACGAUUGUUAAAUUUUUUAUUAUCUUCAAAAUUCCUCUCGCAGAAUAUUGUGUUUUCUGAUAUUAUAUCCGUGUACAGUCAAUUGGGUUUAAACUUUAAAGGAUAUUAAAAAAAAAACUUAUAGUAUUGAAUGAAUUUAAAGCAAGGUAUUAAAUUUGAAAGUAUCGGUUGGAAAUAGUAAGUUAUAUUAUUUUUUUGUAAUGGGAGAAUUUUCAAAAAGUUUGUUGUGUUUUUAAGAUGGAGAAACACGAAGAAUAAAUAAAGUUUCUAUCAUUUA